CUCGUGGGCUCUCCCUCCUCCCGCCGCGCCGCCGCUUCCUCUCUCCUUCAUUCAUUGCCCUUCGCUCGCGCCGGGGGAGCGAUGGCAGCGCAGGCUGGGGGAGGCGGAGGGGGCCGCGCCAAGGCCUUGGAGCUGCUGCGGACCUUGCCCAGGGUCAGCCUCGCCAAUCUACGGCCGAACGAUGGCGCCCGGAGUCGGGAAAAGAGUCGGCGUGAAAAGACUCAAUGGAGGAAAACAACUCACAGAAGCCAGUGGAAAAGAGGAACUCGUCCUCGAUUAGGCUUUGAAGGAGGCCAAACUCCAUUUUAUCUAGUUAUUCCAAAAUAUGGCUACAAUAAAGGUCACCACCUCAGGCGCCAGUAUCCGCCUCUCACUCUCAAAAGGCUACAGUACCUGAUUGACUUAGGUAGAGUUGACCCCACACAACCAAUAGACCUCACGCAGCUGGUAAAUGCCAGAGGUGUAACAAUACAGCCACUCAAAAGAGAUUAUGGUAUCCAACUUGUGGAGGAGGGUGCCGAUACAUUUGCAGCAAAAAUUAAUAUUGAAGUACAGAUAGCAUCUGAACUCGCCAUUGCUGCUAUUGAAAAAAAUGGUGGCGUUAUUACUACAGCCUUCUAUGAUCCAAGGAGUGUGGGUAUUCUUUGCAAGCCAGUGCCCUUUUUCCUACAAGGCAAGCCUAUUCCAAAGCGAAUGCUUCCUCCUGAAAAUCUUGUCCGUUACUAUACAGAUCCUAAUAAUCGUGGCUACCUGGCUGAUCCAUCGAAGAUUUCAGAAGCAAGACUAGAGCUUUCCAAGAAAUAUGGUUAUGUCUUACCAGAUAUUACAAAAGAUGAACUCUUCCAAAUGCUGAGCACACGCAAGGACCCCAGACAGAUUUUCUUUGGCCUUGCUCCAGGUUGGGUGGUAAACAUGCCAGAAAAGAAAAUUCUGAAACCAACAGAUGAGCGCUUGCUAAAAUACUACAGCUCAUGAAUGCUCAGGUUGGAGGCAACUGUUAAAAGAACUCAAUACACAAAACUGUAUUGUCACUAUUUUAUAUUAAUAAACAGCUAGUCACGGUACAAAUAAAAUAAUAAAAUGUUGACUGUAUAAUAGUUCCAUAAUCUGUUCUUUAAAAAUUCCUCCUUUAUGUGAGAUAAGUUGAUUGGUAUCAGGAUUUCCUUAUAAAUGUGCUUUUCACCUGCUUA